AUGCAUAUACUUGUAAUCAAUGAUGACGGGCCUCCAUCCAAUCAAUCCUCCCCAUAUGUCCACGCAUUUGUGCAUGCUUUACAGAAAACAGGCCAUCAUGUAUCAGUCAUACUACCCCAUCAGCAGCGUUCAUGGAUUGGAAAAGCCCAUUUUGUAGGCCAUGUGACCAAGCCCACCUACUUUCGUCCGGGAACACUCCACGAGGAUGACGGCACUACUCAUCCAAGACCUCUGUCGUCUGAAGAAGACGAGGAGGAAUGGGUCCUCGUCAAUGGAACUCCAGCGACAUGCGCUCAACUCGGCCUUCAUCAUUUCUUCCAAGAUAAACCACCAAUUGACCUGGUUGUUUCAGGACCCAAUUACGGACGGAAUUCUACCUCGUUGUUCAGCCUGUCAAGUGGGACCAUUGGUGGAGCUAUGGAAGCUGCUGUGUGUCGGAAGAAAGCCAUUGCCCUCUCCUUCGCCUUCUAUUCUCGAGACCAUGAUCCAGAAUUGAUUGCUGGAGCUUGUCGUUUGUCUGUCAAACUAGUCGAGCAUCUCUACAAUCACUGGGAUGAGGAUGCGGACCUUUACUCUUGCAACGUACCUGUAGUCGCAGAUGUUGAGAACCACAAAGUCCUCUAUACCCAUGCUUUGCAAAAUUACUGGACUUCAGGUAGUUCUUUCCAAGAGAUUGAAGCUACCGAGGAUGAUGAAGAUCCUCAAAGCCGGGAGCAGGAGAUUAGGGAGAGCGAGGAAUCACAGAGCGCCAGCGCCCAGGGAAAGGCGACGAGACACCAGCAUCGGCACUUCAAGUGGGCACCAAAGUUUAGCGAUAUACAGAAAUCUAUCGACGAGAGUCCACCAGGCAAUGAUGGAUGGGCGAUCCAUCAAGGAUAUACCAGUGUGACUCCUUUGAAAGCGAACUACCGGCAUGCGUCCAAUAUAUCGAUGGGAGAGAUUAAGCUGUCUCCGGCAAACUCUCGGUCAUCAGCUCCAGUAUUCUACGCCGUCAUCGACGCAGAUCCUUAUGUGCUCCCACUGAUUCACAGCGCUCUCUCAGCGAAUUUUCCUACUCAGUCCUAUGGAUUUUUUGACUCGCUCGCACGACUACCAUCCGAUGUCCAUAAGUUGCUUCAAAUCAUGCCGUACGAAUCUUUAGACUUCACCCAUCUCCUGAAACACCCAACAACUACCUUGGCAAAUAGCUACAUCAUCCGUAAAGCAUUGAUCCGCAAACACUAUUUACACAACACUAUAACGAGUUGGUGGAGCAAGCAUCCCAACGACACCAGUCUCAAAGGUCAUGUGCCGCUGACGGUAGGGUUUGAGGUUGAUUAUGCAGAAUUUUUAGACGAGGCGCUUGUGGAGUGUUGGGAGCUGAAGGAAAGCUGGGAGAAAGACGAAAGGGAGUGGUGGGUCUUGAAGCCCGGCAUGAGUGACCAAGGACAAGGUGUGAGGCUUUUUAGCAGUGAGGAGGAGUUGAGGUCUAUUUUCGAGGAAUGGGACGAGCCUGACAGCGAAGACAAUGAAGGUGUGGAGACUCCACCGGCUAUCAAUGGCCAGGACGUCAUCGGUGCAGGAACCAUGACUUCGCAGCUUCGACAUUUUAUUGCCCAACGAUACAUAUAUUCACCUCUGCUUUUGUCAUCUCAUGGAAAGCGGAAAUUUCACAUUCGCAGCUACGUACUCGCUGUUGGCGCAUUGCGUACGUACGUCUAUAAGGACAUGCUUGCGCUCUUCGCACCGUUGCCAUAUACCGCCCCUGGCGCCUCAUCUUCGGAUACACGUUCUACAGCCUCAGACAACCCAAUAGAUCCAAGGGUCCACCUAACCAAUACCUGCCUUCAGGAUGGCAGUCGCGAAGGCAGUGUUGUACGUUUCUGGGAUCUGCCAGAAGACGCAGACAAUCUACCGUGUCACUGGAAGAAUGACGUUUUGGAGCACAUCUGCGGCGCAACGGGCACGCUCUUCGAAGCUGCAGCGAGGGAACAGAUGAUUCACUUCCAAACACUGGAGAAUGCAUUCGAGAUUUUUGGGAUCGAUUGGAUGGUGGACGACAAAGGCGGGCCAUGGUUGUUGGAGGUCAAUGCCUUUCCCGAUUUUAAACAGAGCGGCGAGGCAUUGAAAGCUGUCGUUCAGGGGCUAUGGAACGGGGUAGUUGGCGUUGCCGUCAAAGGCUUCUUCAAUCCUGGGGCCGUGACCGAAGAAGGGAUUGAGGAAGAGCGAUUUGGAAUGCGAAGGGUGUUGGAUGUGGAUUUGGGAAGGAGAUGA